AUGCGGAAUUAUAACAGAGAUGUCAACGGUCGUGAUCUCUCUUUGAGACUGGAAUGUGGAGCGCAGGCUAUUCGAGAUUCACAUUCUGGAGGACAGAUUCUGCCAGUUAAAAUGGCAAGGGAUCUGAUCAGAUUCCUUAUAAAUCAAAAAAGACGGAUGUCCAUCUUAGGAACCAUAAAAAAUGAAGCCGCGCUAAUUAAACUAGAAAUCCGAAACGGAGUAACCGUUCUCCAACCACAUUCUGAUUUAUCGGUUAUUUUGAAGACAAUUAGCAGCGUUUACUUUAUUUUUCAAGAAGUUCGGUGUGGAUGUGUACACUUAGUAUUAAUGUUAAUAGCGCAGUAUCGAUAUGUAGCAAUAAAACUCACGAUAUUGUUUCGUGAUCUACAUAACUAUAAUGAUAAAUCUCGAAAAGAACAUUAUCCUAUAGAAGAUCGAUGGACGGAGGGAAAAUUAAGAAAAUUAUGUCUGCAUCAGAAUACUAUUCUAAACAUGUCAUUUAUAUUAAAAAAACUUUUGUCUGUGAACUUCAGCCUACUCUAAAUCAAUAACGUAUUUCGAUUCUGCUUUAUAGGUAUCUUAUUAAGCGCAAUACCAUCAAUGACUUUUAUAGAAGGAAUUUCAGUCACUUCAUCUGCAAUUGGUUCACUAAUGCAAUUUUUUUUGUUAUGUUCUUCCGUACAAUCGUUAUCAGAAUAA